UCGCGUGAGCGUCGUAAAAAUUUGAAUGUUUGUCUAAUUCCACUCUCACUAGCAAAGCGAAGCGGAAGCGGAAGAGUGGAAGACGAUGGCUCCAGCGAAGAAUAUACGAACAAUCUCACAGGAAGCAUUCGAGGGUUUGGUGAGAGAAAACAUGGACGAUCUCGGCAUGGAUCCAGAAGAAGCCCUUCAAGAUGCCAUUGAAACCCUUACUCUUCAGGGCGUCGACCUCUCCGGUAUCGUUAAAUGCAUUCCUGGAGUUAGUAGCCUCAAAGACGAUCCCGUGAUCCAAUCUCUAGAUAGAGUGAAAGAAAUUACCUCCAAAUUGAAGGAUCAAGAUUAUGAACCGUCAACAGCGAGUUUCAGUGGUGAAGAUCUCGAUGAGAUUGCCAAGCAUUUUGAUAAACUUAGUGUCCUCUGCUCAUCUUCAGGAUCAGGAAAUGCAUCGAUUGCAGCAAGGAAUGGAGGAGUGGAGCUGGUUUGUUCAUUAUGUUCCAAAAUUCGUGAUGGAUGUGAGCGGCCUCUUGUUUCGGCACUGAAGGCAAUGGCUUCGUUCCUCUACGAUGUUCAAACUACGGAAACAUUUCGAAAGAUUGGCGGACCCAAGAUUGUGGUGGAUAUUAUUUCUGAUAAUCGUCAAAAUGUGAUUAUAUUGAAUAGUAGUUUCUCAGUUGUUGCUGCAGCUGCAACUGGUAAUGAGCUCCUCAAGGAAGCAUUCAUGGAGUUAAAAAUUGAUGAGCUUUUCAUCCAAAUCAUGAGGACGGAGAGUAGAGGCAGCAUUGGAAGUUUAUAUGAUGCUAUUCGUGUCUUGUUGACACCUGAUGAUAACCGUGUUGUAGCUUCUCAAGUUUAUGGGUAUGCUAGAAGAUUUGCUGAGAUUGGAAUUGCUGUAGCUCUUGUGGAUGCACUUUGUGAAGGACUCAGCUCUCCUAGUCUAGUUUCAGCGAGCAUAGCUCUGAAGGCUGUUGCUGUUAAUGAUGAAAUAUGCAGAUUAAUAGCUGACAAUGGUGGCAUUGAUGCUGUUUUCUGUUGUAUUGAUGACAGUGGUAAACAAAACAACAAAGUUGUUGCUAAAGCCUUCUGCUCUUUGUUGUCUAAGUUGGCAGGAAGUGAUGCUAACAAAACUACCAUCGUCCAGAAUAGGGGAAUGGAUAGGUUAAUGAAACUCUCAUCAAGCUUUUUUGAUGACCCAUCUGUCUUGCAAGAGAUUAUGUCGAUUAUCUGUGUUCUAUCAUUAAGGUCCCCAGGCAAUGCAGCCAGUGCAAUUGAGGCUGGAGCUGGAGAUUUUGUGAUUCAAGCCAUGGAGAAGUUCCCAACCGCACAUCAGAUGCAACGUCAGGCAUGUUUUAUGGUCCGCAAUCUUGCUGUCAGGAACCCUGAAAACAGACGUGUUUUGCUUAACAGUGGAAUUGAGAAGAUGAUAAGAAUGGCCAAAGAAAGCCAUGAAAGCUGUAAAGAAGCAGCUACAGAUGCACUAAGGGAUUUGGGGCCUGAUAACUAUAAUUCAUAGUUUAUGAACUCUGAUUGAACUCUGAUUGCUUUCUGCUGUUGUUAUAUUUAGCCUUCCAGUAAAGAUUGGGUUUUAAUGACACUACUGUUGUCUCAGAAA